AUCUCCUAUGUCCUCUCAUGACCUCCCAUUUCAGCUUCCGUUUAGGGUCUCAUGUAGUUUUCUUGAUGUUUUCUUUGACCCUACGCACCUCCUAUUUCCUGUCACGACCUUCACCUCUCCCCCAGUUCCCAUGCUAUGUACUGAAACUCAUCUCUCUACUGGUAACCCGUCCGCUGCGAUUAGCAUGGAUUUGGCCUUCACUGGUAGCCUGGUAACACAUAGUCCAAGGUCUUUCUCUGCCUCUGUGGUGGAUAGUGGAGUGUUUCCCAUGUGGUAUUGGUGUGCUGGAUAUCCCUUCACUGGUAGCCUGGUAACAUACUACACUCCCAGGUCUUUCUCUGUCUCUGUGGUGGAUAGUGGAGUGUUUCCCAUGUGGUAUUGGUGUGCUGGAUAUCCCUUCACUGGUAGCCUGGUAACAUACACUCCCAGGUCUUUCUCUGCCUCUGUGGUGGAUGGUGGAGUGUUUCCCAUGUGGUAUUGGUGUGCUGGAUAUCCCUUCACUGGUAGCCUGGUAACAUACACUCCCAGGUCUUUCUCUGCCUCUGUGGUGGAUAGUGGAGUGUUUCCCAUGUGGUAUUGGUAUGCUGGAUAUCCCUUCACUGGUAGCCUGGUAACAUACACUCCCAGGUCUUUCUCUGCCUCUAUGGUGGAUAGUGGAGUGUUUCCCAUGUGGUAUUGGUGUGCUGGAUAUCCCCUCCCAAGGUGCAGGACUUUACAUGUUUCUCCAUUGAAUUGUAGCAGCCACUUUUUGUUCCACUCCUGUAGCUUGGUGAUGUCUUCUGGUAGGAAAUCCACAGUCAAGGGGUUAGUCAGCCCAAUGCAAGAGUUAACCAUUAUCUUCCAAUUGCAACCCACCUCACAACCUUGCAUCUCAUCAUCAUCAUCAUCAUUUCAUCGACGCCUGCUCCUAGGAUCUCCCACCAGGGGAUGGCCAUGGCAGAAGAGUUUCCAUCUUUCUCUAUCUAUGUAGACACUCCCUCCUUGCCUGCUCAAAGUUUCUCAAGGAUUUUUCACCCCUCUCUCUGCAUCUCUCACUGGUAUAUACACUUAGUGCCUCAUAUUUCCUCUCAUGACCUCCA